AUGACGCAAAGUCCUCCUGUUAUGUCACUUUUCCACAAUUUAGUCGUUUCAGAAAACAUCACAGAUGUACAGUUUGCCAGCCUCCUCGACCAGGUUGAUUCGUCAAAAGAUCCUCAUAAAAGAGAGUAUAUUUCCUUCCUCCACUCAUCCUUCCUUCAGUGCGUGAAGCCCUAUGACAUUUCGACUCUGCUUCGUGAUCCAGAGUACGUAAAGGCUGCAACAUGUGGUGCGGCGUUAUUUUCCGUUCCGAAGAAAGAGGAUACUAAAGAGGUUCAGAGACCUUUACUUCAAAAGCGGGAACCUGUUUCCGUCAAUCCGCCUGUUUCUCGUAAAGUGGUUAUCGACGAAGAGGUUCCGAAGAGUACCGACAUUCCAGCAUUUGUGACUGCGUCCGACAAGUUAACAGCAGACAACCUGAAGAAAGGGAUUAAGCCAAAAAGGAAGUUCCAGCCACCGUACAAGAAAGACGACAAAGAUGAGAAAGACCAAAAACAGAAGCCUUUACCAAAAGAGAAAAAGAGUGGGGAGGAGGAUAUCAUAAGUGACGUCAAUGGUGUUCCCCUUGACGAUCCACGACUCGUUAACAGUGAUCCCCUCUUGCUCACCCGAAUUGUUCAUGAAAUUCUCGACUCAUCACCAAAAGUGACUUGGGACGACAUAGCUGGUUUAACCCAAGCAAAGAAGAUUGUUCAAGAGGCGGUUAUCUGGCCAAUGCUUCGUCCAGAUAUCUUCACAGGAUUACGCGCACCACCAAAAGGAAUUUUACUCUUUGGUCCGCCGGGGACAGGAAAGACGCUGAUUGGGAAAGCAGUCGCGUCUGAAUCCGACGCUACUUUCUUCAACAUCAGUGCCUCUGCGUUAACUAGUAAAUGGAUUGGCGAAGGUGAGAAGAUGGUGAGGGCACUAUUUGCAGUGGCUUCAUGUUAUGUCCGUUCUGUGAUAUUCAUUGACGAAAUCGACUCAUUGCUCUCAGCAAGAAGUGAGACUGAGCACGAGUCGUCGCGGAGACUGAAGACUGAGUUUCUUGUCCGACUUGAUGGAGCGGGGACAACAACGGACGAGAGGAUUUUGGUCGUCGGCGCCACAAAUCGGCCACAAGAAAUCGAUGAAGCAGCGCGUCGGCGGUUAGUGAAGCGGUUGUAUAUUCCCUUACCUGAUUUAGAGGCACGAAAUGUGCUUGUAAAGACAUUAUUGAAGAAAGUGAACAACAAGAUGACAGAUGAGGAGAUCAGUAAAAUCGGCAAUUUGACAGACGGGUACUCAGGAAGUGACAUGAAGGAGUUAGUGAGGGAUGCUGCGUUUGGACCGAUUCGAGAGUUAAAUUCAAACAACUUGAACAUCAUCGACGUCAAGACUUCUGAGGUGCGUCCAGUGGAGGUCAAGGAUUUUCUUGAGAGUUUGAAGUCCAUCAGACCGUCCGUAUCCCAAGACGACUUACUUCUCUAUGUCGACUGGAACAACAAGUUUGGAAGUGUAAAUUCGCAGUAA